AUGGCAGAUCUUCAUUCAUGGUGCUUCAGCUUCUUCUUGGUAAUGGCAGUAGUAGGCAACGCAACCGCAGCAUAUUAUGCACCCGUAUUUCGUCCUACAGCAUGGAAACAAGCCUAUGCCACGUUUUAUGGCGAUGAAACUGCUGCCGAGACAAUGGGAGGAGCAUGUGGGUAUGGAAAUUUGUUCAGCAGUGGUUACGGUACCGCAACAGCCGCGUUGAGCUCUGUACUAUUCAACAAUGGUUACAGAUGCGGCCAAUGCUUCCAAAUACGGUGCGUUAAGUCGCAAUUGUGCUACAGAGGCUCGCCAAUCACCACCAUCACCGCCACAAACCUCUGCCCUCCCAACUGGGCUAAGGACUCGAACAACGGUGGCUGGUGCAACCCACCUCGGACACAUUUCGACAUGUCUAAGCCUGCAUUCAUGAAAAUUGCACAGUGGAAGGCUGGUAUUGUACCUGUCAUGUUCCGCAGCUUCUUCUUGGUAAUGGCGGUAGUAGGCAACGCAACCGCAGCGUAUUAUGCACCCGUAUUUCGUCCUACAGCAUGGAAACAAGCCUAUGCCACGUUUUAUGGCGAUGAAACUGCUGCCGAGACAAUGGGUGGAGCAUGUGGGUAUGGAAAUUUGUUCAACAGUGGUUACGGUACCGCGACGGCCGCGUUGAGCUCCGUACUAUUCAACAAUGGUUACGGAUGCGGCCAAUGCUUCCAAAUACGGUGCGUUAAGUCGCAAUUGUGCUACAGAGGCUCGCCAAUCACCACCAUCACCGCCACAAACCUCUGCCCUCCCAACUGGGCUAAGGACUCGAAUAACGGUGGCUGGUGCAACCCACCUCGGACACAUUUCGACAUGUCCAAGCCUGCAUUCAUGAAAAUUGCACAGUGGAAGGCUGGUAUUGUACCUGUCAUGUUCCGCAGAGUGCCAUGUGUUAGGAAAGGCGGCCUUCGAUUCACCUUCCAAGGAAACGGCUAUUGGCUGCUCGUGUACGUGAUGAAUGUUGCCGGGGGCGGAGAUAUCGCACAAAUGUGGGUUAAGGGAAGCAAGACAGGGUGGAUAAGCAUGAGCCACAACUGGGGGGCUUCAUAUCAAGCAUUUUCAACUCUUGGAGGCCAAGCCCUUUCUUUCAAGUUAACUUCAUACACAUCCCAUGAGACCAUUAUUGCAUGGAAUGUUGCCCCUUCCAAUUGGCAAGUAGGGUUGACUUAUAGUGGUAAUGUCAACUUCCAUUGA